AUGUUUGAUUUCACCAAUGACUCUCAUCGACGGUUUAACCCUCUAACUCAGUCGUGGGUGCUUUGUUCGCCGCACCGGACCAAGCGACCUUGGCAAGGCCAGCAGGAAGGUCCGCAACUCGACAAUCGACCUCAGUAUGAUCCUGCCUGUUAUCUGUGUCCCGGUAACAAGCGAGCCAAUGACGAGUACAAUCCCAAGUAUACAUCCACCCAUCGCUUUCCCAACGAUUUUGCCGCCGUGCAACGGGAUCAGCCCGAUUUGGAAGCCACCAAUGACGAUCUCUUCAAAGUGGAAGGCAUUCGUGGCGAAUGUCACGUUCUGUGCUUUUCGCCGCGACAUGACUUGACCAUGGCGGAAAUGACAGUGGAAGAAAUAGGCAGUGUCAUCACAUUGUGGACUCAGAGUUACCAGGAUAUGGGCACCAAGCCUUAUAUUACCCAUGUCCAGAUCUUUGAGAACAAGGGAGCCGCCAUGGGAUGCUCCAAUCCACAUCCUCACGGCCAAAUGUGGUGCACGGACCGUAUUCCCGAUGAACCGCGGCUAGAGUUGGACUCGUUGCAGGCAUAUCAACAAAAACAUCUGUCAUGCUUACUGUGUGACUAUGUGGAACGUGAACUCAAGGAUGGGCAACGGGUGGUGAUUCAAAACGAUACAUUUGUGUGUGUGGUGCCAUUUUGGGCAGUGUGGCCUUUUGAAGUGCUGGUGCUGCCAAAGACCCACGUGGCCAAUUUACCGGGAUUGACGGACAAGCAACAGACCGAUUUAGCCGAUAUGCUGCGUCGUGUCGCUUGUCGCUAUGACAAUUUAUUCGAGUGCAGUUUCCCAUACUCGAUGGGUAUUCAUCAGGCGCCUGUGCGUGGCCAGUACGAUUUUGCCCAUUUGCAUCUUCACUUUUAUCCUCCGUUACUGAGAAGUGCCACGGUUCGAAAAUUCCUGGUCGGAUUUGAGAUGCUCGGUGAACCUCAGCGAGAUUUGACGCCGGAACAAGCAGCGGAUAGGUUAAGAGGAUUAUCGGACGUUCAUUACAAACAACGCUUGUAG